AUGCCUUCAUUCAGAAAUCUUCUCCUUCCCAUAACCUUCUCUCUCGCGGCCAUUACAACGGCAGCCACUUGCCCUCAGAACUGGUUAGAACAAACCGUAUCUCAGGAUGAUUCCAAAUGCUGCUAUGGCAACAUGGUAAUGGACGACAACGAUACCUACUGCUGCGUUUACAACUUGAAUCCGGCCCUGCAACCAAGCAGCGUUUCGAUUGCGACUACGACAAACACGAACUUUGAAGAUAGUUGGUCCACCGCCGAUUAUUGCUUCACUAAGAUUCCAUUCACUGCGAGUAACUACUCGGAUCUGGUCUCUUCGGCAUCAUCGAAGGUUGAAGCUGGUGCCACAGCUAUUGCGACCAACGAGGCCAUAUUUACGACCGCAGGGUCAACCUCAACCUCAACCUCAACCUCAACCUCAGGCACGAGCUCCGGCACGAGCUCCAGCAUGAGCUCCAAAACAAGCCCGGGGUCCGCAGCUACCACCUCCAAUGCAGCCAUGCCGAUUGCCACAGCUCAAGAAAUGGUGCUCGGCGGUGCCGCCAUAGUCGUCGGUCUUUUCGUGCUGUGA